AUGUAUAUAUUUUUCCCCCUUUUUUCUUUCUUCUUCUCCAUCGCGAUCGAGGUGAGGGAACUCGGUAACCUCGUGGCAGGUUUGACACCCUCGGACUUUGCCCGCAUCCCACCCAACUCCAUGGCCGGACUCACUGUGUCUGCGGUCACCCUCUUGCCGUCCGAGUCUGUCAAGGCCAUGCGAGUGGAGCAAAUCAAGUUCUUGGAGGCCACGGCGGCCAAGGCGUUCACGAGCCCUCAAGUCGGGAUCAUGACUUCUUCGCAGCGCGAUGCUUGGACCAUUGCCUCCAACUCGUUUACGCAAAAGCCGUCGGCGGCGGCGUCCCUCUUCGUCCGCCAUCACGGCGGCGUCCUUCUUCUUCUCCUUCUCUUGCUACCUCUUAACUGAUCGCACCCGGUCAGAACUCCUCACCCCUGUGCCCCCCAUCCCCUCACGCCUGGCACCCAACACUCUCUCUCCUCUGCUAUAGAUGCUCAUCAGUGUGUCGCCCCGCGCCACGUUGAGCGCUCCGAUUUCUUGACUAGCUUCGUCGAAUUCCUCCGAGUCACGUCGGGUGUAUCUGAUAUCAGGCCGAUCGAAGACGUUUAUGUGCCAGUAUUGAAACUGAAGCUGGGUGGCAUUGAAUUGGAUCUCGUGUUCACAAAACUACCAAUCGCGGCCCAAGUUCGGGACAAUCUGACCAUUCUUUUCACGUCGCACCACGUCCGACCCGAAAUGCUUGCGAAGCUGAUGGAACGGGUGUCGUUACGUGUUACCGACGAAAUCCUCAGAGUCGAUCCUUACCAGGACCGUUUUCGGGUCACGCUUAUAGAUGAGCUGUACGACUAUAUGGGCAAAACGUGGGGGCAAAGCGCCGGAGCGGGAUCGGCGCAAGCUGAGAAAUUUGUUUUCAACAUCCCCGCUAUGCCGAAGCGGACACUGAUUUUGCCAUUUUGGUUAGAUUGACCGCACUGACGAUGGUUUUAAGCAAUUCUUAAUUUCUUUUUGCGUAUGGCUCUCAAUGGAGGUGCUGCAUGAUGCGAAGUCGAUCCUUGACUGUGCGAAGAUCUCGCUCCGCUAUAGUUCCAAUCUCGUGUUAUUCACAUCCUCUUAAAGGUCGAGCGGUGACGAGUUUAACGCGUCUCUAUAUCCUUCGGCGGAUUGUUGGAAAUGUUGAAAUCGAGACGAUGCCGAAGUGCUUUUCUUUUUUUAUAUAUAUGAGUGUUGGAUUCGUUUGUAAGGUGCAUUCCAAUGAGUCCUCGCAUACUUUCGUGGCUUAGACGCAUGCGUGAAAAAAAUUGAAAGCAUAAAAAAAAUUCAAGAAAACAGAUAAAAAAAUCUAAAAACUUGGAAAGUGUAAUAAAAAGAAAAAAAAGUGAGGGA